AUGUCGAACAAGCCCACUCCACAACCGUGGUCAGAUUCGCUCUGCAACAACCACGACACACAUUGCCAUACUCUUGACUGUGGCCAUAUAGUCUUCAGCUCAAGCUCAAGCUCUAACAAGUCGGCAUGUUCACCGAACUGCAUCCGCGCAGUCUACUUCCAGAAGCCGCAACUGCCCCUGUCUUGGCUCAAGAACACCUCACUGAGCCCGUUCACAUGCCCUCAAUGCGUUGAGACAUGCGUAAGGCUGGACUAUGACAGCAUGAUUCAGAAGCACCGAGAGAGAGGCGGCAGGUUAGCCAAUAGCAAGGACACAAAUGUACGUUUAUGGACUUACACGGCUAUUCUCGAGAUGAUCGAGGCCGGUGGCCGAAUGUGCGAGAGUUUGGUCGGUCCUUUCAAAACGCACGACAUCCAGGCUUAUCAAGCGUUGACUGAUAUUCGUACAGUUGAGGUCAUUCAGGGCACAAUAUCUGAACUCGAGGGCAUGACGCGGUGGGAUAUGAGGGAUGCACCAAACAUGAUGACUCGGUCCUCGAACAGAGAAACUGAACUAGAUGCCGACGAUGCUAGUCGUGUGGCGUUGUUGCGAGCGCAGCAUGAAGAACAACCAGAUAAGCAACAUGCCGAGCUUGAUGACUUGGCUGAUUGGCUUGGAGGUGCAAAGGUGGGCGAUGGGGACGGGGAUGUAGACAUGGAGGAUUUGGCAACGAACCUCGAGAGUUUUAGAGCCUGA